CUAAAUAUUUAGUGACUACACAAAUGUAUGAUUUUUACCUCAGAAGUGUUCAAUUGUAAUGAACUUUUGGAUUAAGAAUAAAUCAAUGUAGCUUACUUUAUUUCUGAUGCAAUAAAUUCAUUUUUUUUACUAAAUUGGUUCCAAAGUGGAUUGUGAUUGAGUACCGAAUUAAAGUGUAGUUUUAACACCAGUGAAAAUGACAGAUGAUGGUAAGAAAUCUGCGCAGCCCAUAGCUGCCUCAACAGAAAGUACAGUAAAAUUGGAUUCUGCUCUUCCUGGUGUAGCUGCUCAUAAUGCCAAAGCCUCAUCUUCAGUCGACCCGUGGUAUGAAUUUGAUGAGCCGACACCUGAAAAGAUUGAUGGAGAUCUAUUCUACACUCCUUCUUACUUCCUGCGCACUCACAGCAAGAAUAAUAACCCUGCUGAUGUUUCAACACAAAUCUGGCAGUGUGUAUUUGCCCCUCCCAGCACCCUGGGUAAUUUGGUCACCCGUGAUGUAGUGGCUACAUGUGGGGGCUCUUCUGUAUGCUUCAUCGAUGUCACCUCCGGGGAUGUUCUUCUAAAAUACAAUCGCAGCACUAAGGCGCUGGCAAGUGAGAAUUUAUAUGCUCUUGCUUGGUCAACAUUGGAUGUAAUUUAUGAAGAACCCUCUGAAUUAACUGAGCCUGAUGAAGCCACAGAGAAAGUCAAGAAAAAAAUGAAAGGGGAGCGUGGCAGUGUUGUGGCUGCAGGUGGAGGCAAGAGCACCGUGGUGCUGGUGGAUGUUGAGGAGGGAUUUUGCUAUCACAUGUUCAGGACUGCCACCACCAAAGCCAAUGCCAUCAUCUGCUCCCUCUUGUUUCACCCUAAAAAACAGUCGUGGCUAUUUUGUGGGCACGAAGAUGGUCACAUUGAAAUAUGGGAUGUAGGCAAGCUGUGCAGACCAAACUACAACAGAACUGAAUGCAUGUCUCUGAUGAGCCUUCCUGCUGUGUCCGGUGAUGCCUACAACCUCUCUUACUGCCAGCAACUUGACCUCCUGCUGGCAGGCUGUGACAGUGCAUUGCUGCUCUAUCAAGUUGAUAUGAAUAAAGUUGUCCGAGGAGAAAGCCUGCAGGUAACAAAAGUAGACUUGCCAACACCGUCCCAUUUUGAUGAUAAAUCCAGCAAUGUGGUUGACAGCAUCACACUUGUAAGAGACACGGUGCUGGCGGCUAAGUGCGCUCUACAUGCCUCCAUCUACGUCAUGGAUAUACGCAAGCUCAUGGAGAAACGCCGGCCUGUAACAACGAUGAAGAAUGUCAAUUUUCACCUGAACGUGACCUACGAUGAUGUUCUCAGUCUGGAGUGGAGCGACACGGACAAUUACUACAUAAACAUGGGCGCUGACCCACGUUCAUGUGUGCUGGUCUGUGGUGACGACAAGGGCACGCUGUGGCUGUACGACCUGCAUGCCGCCGUUACAGGCGCCCUCCCCUCGCCCCUCACUGGCAGUGCUCCCCUCAACAAGCCCCUCCCCCCCACCGCCAAGCUCCUCUGGCCCAACCUCGACGACCCUGAGGUCGAGAAGGCCGGGAAGCUGCGUCUGGAUUCGUACGACAUCGUCGUGGACAAAUGCUGCAUCUCUGACGGCGCGUCGCACGUGGUGGCCGUGACGAGCAACAACAUGGUAUGCGUCUGGCGUCGUGGCCAGCACAGCACUGAGCUCUAGCUGCCGUAGCAUUCCGUGACUGCUGCUGCCGGCACCUGUAUUUGUAGCAGCCAUGGCAUCCAGGAUACUGUAAUAUUUUACCCUUAACUUAUUUAGGGUGAAAAGCGACGGUUGUUGUGUCACGAUUUUUCCCAAACUUUGGAGAUUGAAACCGUCAUUGCUUUAUGAAAAUAACGUAAAUCAAAACAGUUAAGCUGUCAUUAUUGUGUGCAUUGGAAAUAGAUCGUUAAUCUUGAUGAAAUUAAGCGAUAAUUGAUCUUGAUUGAUACGUAGAAAAAGGUGUUCAAUUUUGACCAAUUAAUCCUAAUGACAUCAAACUACCUGAUGGCAAUAUAGAGGAGAAUCUGAUGAGUUCAAGUUGAUUAAACUUCAGUGACGUUGUUGUGUAGGUAGCUGAUGAAGGAACUGCAAAGCAAAGCUUGUGUUUUUGACCUCCAAAGAAACAUUCCAGUUAUCGGAGUCUUAAUUGUUAUGUUGUUUUGGAAUUGAUGAAAAGGAAUCGGCUCCAUUUUUGAUGUUAACGUAAGAAUAAUUUUACUUUGAAUCAGCUUCAUUUUUGAU